AUGUCUGAGCACAUCGAAGAAUUUUCUUCAGAUUUUGAAUAGUAUGGAGUAGAAGAGGAUCAUGUAAAAGAAAAGCAUAAUAUAGUGCUUGAAAAGGCCACCAAAGAAGAGGAUUAUUAAAAUUUAAUAGAUUAAAUAUUAUAGUAAGUAUAAAGUUCUUAAGAUAAUAUAGAGAAAUGCUUAAAAGACUUAAAAAAAUGCUUAGAUGAGUAUUUCAAUCAUCAUAAUUAGAAGAAUUUCGCAUAAUAUUUCAGAAAAUGCUUGAAGUAGUUGAUUGAAGUAGCAAUUUCGUUUUUGAAUCAAGAAAAGCUAGAUAUGAGUCUCAUUAUUUUAAAUGAAUGUGAUAUAUUAGUAUAAACUUUUAGUGGGUUUCCAGACAUGUAAAUUUUAACUUACAACAACUUGAGUUGCUAUUUUCGUAAGUGUAAAGACUAGAAAAGAGCCUUAAAACUACUAGAAAAAGCUGAAAAUGUGUAUGGCAAAAAUUAGACAACAACGAAUAUGGGAAUAACAUUUUUAAAUAAAAGCGCAAUUCUUAGUGAAAUGGGAAGGCACUAAGAAGCUAUUAAAUGUGCAAAGGCAUCAGUGAAAGAGCUUAAAAAUUAAUUUGAAAAAGUCUUCGAGCAAAAGAAAUCACACCAAGAAAAAUAUUUAAAUAUGAAGAACUUUAAAAAUUCAAUGCUAUCAAACUCAAUGGGAGAUAAUAGUAAAUUAGAAGAAGAUUUUUACUAAAGAGAAGAACAAACAAAAUAGAUAAAUUUGGAAUUCUAAGAUAUUGCCACAGAAUUAGGAAUUGCAUAUCAUAAUUUGGCAACUGAAGAAUAAUAUUUUAAGCUUUUUGAUAGAAGUAUUAAGAAUUUUUUUAAUGCAUACACGAUUGUCAAAGAAUAUUUAGGAGAUAAUCAUCCAUUGACAACUUAAUUUUACUAAUCUUUUUAAGUUGUGAACAAAAAAUAUUAGUUGCAUAUUAGCAAUUCAAAUAACAUGGAUUAAGGAAAGUAAAAGAAAUUUCAUAAUAAGAUAAAUGAAAGUCCUGAAUAUUAUUCUAAAGAUCUUAAUUCCAUAUAAAAUAAUUAUAAUAAUAAUGAAUUAGCUGCAAUUAAUACAUAAAAUUCUAUUGAAGAAUUUAAUGCAGAAGAAUAAAAAGAACAAAAACAGAGCUUUAAAAAUAAUGACAUUUAGCUGCAAAGGAAAAAUAUUGUUCCAUAAGAAGAAGUGAAGAAUAGAAAAAUGUUAAAAAAAUAGCUUGAAGGAACUGUGAUUGACUAUAAAUAACAAAUGAAGGCGAUUAACUUGAAUAUAUAUAAUCUGCUCUAUAGUGAUGAAGAGGGAGAAGAAGGUUAAAAUGAAAUGUAUAUACCUAACACUCAAGCCAGAAUAGAAUUAUAUAAAAAUAAAUAUUAAUAAUAACCUCCUCAAAGUUUAAAAAAUUAAUCAAGUAUUUCUCAAAAAAAGCCUCAAAUAUACAAUUAGAUGUAUUUUGAUAAUCUUAAAGAAAUGCACUAGUUUAAGAUUAAGCAAUAAAAAACUCUUGAAAAUUAAGAGCAAAAUAAUAAUAAAAACAUUAAAUAUUCGAAAGCUUCAGAUUUAAUUGAAAAUAUAAUGGAAUCACCUAAAAGCUCAGAGAAGAAAAUAAAUAUUUUUGAGAUAGAUCAAAUGUUGAUAAGGAGAAAUAAAAGUAACUAAAAUUAAAGAUAAAAAGGUGGCUCAGAUCUUUAUUUUGGCUAAACACAACACAAGUCUGGGUAAGAUUCUAAGGAGCAAUAAGCAGUAGAUAUAAAUCAUCCUGCAUUCUUUUUAGCUAAAAAAAUGUAAGGAAAGUAUACAAAGCAAAGCACUAUAAGACCUAUGACAGCUUAAGAAAUAUUAGAUUCACCACCUUAAAAGAAAGAAGUUGGUGGAAGAAAGUAUAAAGUUAACCCUAAAUUGUUAAUUCCAGAUACAGUAAUCGAAGCAACGAAUAGGUACUAAGAUUACUUGUAAAGAGAAAAAUAAUAAAAUUAAAAGAAGAGUUUCGUAAUAAAAUCUACAAGCACAAAAAAUCUAAAAUAAGCUGACAAGGAAAAGCAUGAAAAAAUGUUUAACUUAGAGGGCAUUAACAGUCACUAAGAAAAUCCAAAAUUUGACAAGAAUAAAGUAAAUACUCUAUAUAACGGCUAAGGUUAAAAAGUUUUAACUUAAGGGAAACACAAUUCAAGUGAAAAAAGUAUUAGCAAAAAUGGCUAAGAAAUUGACAAUAAUAAUUUUAAAUAAAAAUUAGAACAAAUGAAAUAAAAAAUUGUUUUAAGUUAACAAGAAAAUGAAAGAUUAAAAAAUCAAAAUAAAAAGUGGAACUUCGAAACAAUAAAAGACGAUCAAACAAACUUAGAAAAAAACAAUUAAAAAAGCUAACUAAGCUAGCAAAAAAGAGGUGAAUCUGCUUAUUAUGUAAAUAAAAUACCUUCGAAAUCCUAAGAAAGGAGGAUUCAUUCACAGUCUGGAAACAUAGAAGCUGCUACUUAAAUCCCAGCUGAGUAUCAAAUUGUUUCUCCUUACAUGAAUAGCGCUGUAAGAGCUAAGAGCAGCUUAGUUUCAGCUAUUCAAAAAGGUAGAAUGUGUUGUGUAUUUGAUGAAAAUACUUAUAAUUUAAUUAUUGCUUUUUAAGAUAUUCAAUCAGGAUAAGGAGUUGAAAUGGAAGAUUAAUGCAGAUUUUAUAUAAAUUUAUCAAACUUAAGAGAAAUCUUUUCUAAGGAAGAUGAUUCUAAGUAUUAGACUCAUUAAGAGUCUAAAAAGUAUUAUUAUUAAGAUCCUCAAGAAUUAAAUGAAGUAAAGCUACAAAUGUUGAGAUAUAACUUAGAAACUUUAUUCAAAAAAUUUAAACCUCUUCUAAGUAUUGAUAUUGAGAAGAAAUGUCUUGUAGUAGAACAAAAUUUUUCUGGAUAUAGUGUAUAAAUUUAGACACCUUUGCACCCAAAAGGAAUAGUUACAAAAUUAAAUUUUUAUUCCGCUAAUUCAAGCAAUUUUACACUUCCAUCAUCUAAAAAUAGCUCUGAAAGCUAAAAGAAUUUGAAAAAUAUGCUUGUAGUCGAGUAUCCUGCUGAAGAAUUGUUUCUUUAAAAGGAAAAUAAAAAAUUAGAAGAAAUGGAAGAAAAUUUUGUAAUAUUAUAAAAAUUUGUGUAUAUAUCUCUAGGUAAUAAAUAAGGAAUGCUAGCUACAUUACUAAAUACGAAUACUUAGUAGUUGUAAUUUAAUUUUAAAUCUAUUGAUUAACUAGUAGACGUCUCUCACUAUGUAGUUGUAGAGCCCAUUAUUCAAGACUAUGGCCCGUAUUUUGAAUCUGAGGACACUUAAAUAGCCUUAAGUAUACUCUGUGAAAAUUUAGUUUCUAUGUGGAAAUACGAUGGCAAAAAUCUCACUUAUGAUAAAAAAGAUAAAUGGAGUCUAAAAAAUGAAAUAGAAAUACCAGACUAGGGAAAAAAACAAUUAUAGUACUAAAUAAUUCAAUAGCCUUCAAAUGACUUUAGUAUAAUAUAGAAAAAAGAAGCUUGGAUAGAAAUUUAUGAGGAUGAUAAUCUAGAUUAUUAGAUAAAUAAAAAAGAAUUACUUGACAAGAUUGAUGAAAGUCAUGAAAGUGAAGAUGAGUCUAAAUAAGAAAAAAUGCCCUUCAAUAAACAUCAUUAAAAACCUAUUUAAUCUUCAUUUUCUCAUAAUGAAAAAGCAAAUCAUUCUAAUCUGCCAAGUAAAAAGUUCCAAGUUGUAAAUAAAUAUGAGGAAGAAGAUUUUGAAUUAGAAUACGAAGAUGGAAAAAAUCAAAAAUUAGAUAAAAGCCCAACUCAUACUUAAAGCUAAGAAAUUCAAUCAAAAAAUUCAAGUAGAAUUCCUUCAAAGCAUGAAUCAAGCUAGGAUGUAAAUGAAAAUUAAUCUAAUGCAUUUCAAAAAUAGUAAAAAAUAGAAUAAAGGUAAAGAAGCAUAGAUGAUUAAAAUAAAGUAGAAAAAGAAAACAUUUAAAUGUCUUAAAAAAAUUCAUAAAAAGAAAAAGAAGACAAUUCUAAAAUUUAGCAACAAAACAACAUCCCUCAACACUAAUAAUUAGAUUUAGAAUAGAAAAAUCAAUAAUAGAGAUAAAAUUCUUUUUUAAAUGAAACUAAUGGGGGAGAAAGCUCCAAAAAUACAAGAUAAAAAAAUCUCUCAAACUAAUUUGCUAGACCUCAGUCAUCAAAAAAACAAAUGGAUAUAAGAAAUAAUCUAUCUAAAGGAAGUCCUCAAAAUAAUCUAGAAGAUUAAAAUAUCCUUAAUUUUGAUACUAAUAAGUAAAUUAUUUUAACCAAUGACUUGUAAAAUUAAGAAGAAUAAUAAGAUGAUGAUGACGAACAAGAAAUAUAUCAAUAAGAUUAAAUAAAUAACAAAGAAAGAAAAAGUAGUGUUAUUUAGAAAACCAAUGAUUAAAGUAAAAACUAAGAUCAUAAGAAUAAUUAAAAAAAUAACGUUAAUAAUGAUUAUGAGUAAAGAGAUAGUGCAAUAAGCGAAUUUAAAUAACAAGGAGAAAAUUGUAACAAAAAAGCUCAGAACAGAGAAAGACCUGAUGCGACCUACUCAAAGUCAAGAAACAACUCUUUAAAAAUUCAAUAAGAAUAAAUGAAAAAUAACUAUUCAUUAAAUAUUUCCUAAGAAAAAGAAGGAGAUGUAGAAUAUAUCGAUAUCAAUGAUACAUAACAAAUAGAAUGA